AUUCAAACUAAUUAUAAGUUUUUAUUCAUUCAUUGAUUAUAUCGUUUGGUGCGGAGAAUGAGUCAAAAGAUAGGUAUUGUCGGCAGUGGUCUGAUAGGCAGGAGUUGGGCGAUGCUGUUCGCCGCCUCCGAGUUCUCGGUUGCCAUCUAUGAUGUGAUCCACGAGAAUGUGGACACGGCUUUGGUCGACAUCCAGGCUCAGCUCAAUAACCUGGAGUCCAAGGGCUUACUUCGGGGCAAAAUUAACGAGAUAAGAGAGUGGAUGGAGAGCUGGACGGCAGUGGAGGUCAUUAUCUGUCGUUCGAUGGAUUUGGGAACUAAUUGCGCGAUGAAUGGCAAUCACGGCGAAGACUAUUCAGUGAUGAAUGAUAACGAAGCGGCAGCUCUACUCACGUCCCUCUGGGGGUCGAAGCUAUCGCACUGCGAACCUAACGGCGCUAAUCAUAAGUUUAUUACCGACUGUUUGCCGAAUAAUAUCACAAUUCUUAGCGAACAGACCGCACAAAAGAUUGUCACCUCCAAUGGUUCCAACAUCACUGCGUAUGCGUUGAUACCAAUCAGUGGUGUGGAAGUGCCUCUCGAAGAGUAUAUAUUACCAGAGGUUGUGAACAUAACUCCAAUGAAUACACCGUCGACUCCAAGCCCAGCCCUCCUAUUGCCAAAUGACUCGCAAAUCGACAAAAUUUGCUCAAACAGUGAGACCACCGACGCUUCCAAAGCAUCGAAGUCAGUGAUGGACAGCGGCGGCGGCACCGAAAGUACUGGAAGUACUACUGAUAAUAUCAUAUAUGCAUCGAUAGCCGAGGCAAACAUAUGCAAGUGUGAGCCCCACCUCUGCGAACGGGGCACCUGUUGUCAGGACUGCGCCGUCCAGAGACUCUUUGAUAAGAAAACGGAUUUAGAUUUAAAAGACGUUAAAACUGAUGAUACGUUUGUGGAUAACGGCGACGACCAUCACUUGUCCGAUGAGUUUAAAGACUGUGAUAAUAGCGAAGACAAUGCCAUCGAUGGCAGUGACUCUUCUAAUGACAACCAAUACUUUGUCGCCACUGAAGACAAUGAAGACAAUGGUCUCAUUGACACAUUUGACAGCAGUUGUCAUGACUUGACCCACAAGUCUACUGAAGAGGUUGUGGUUGAAUGCGAAGACAAAUCUCAAACUAAAGUCAUCACCGAUUGGUACGAAUUGCAAACAAUGGGCACACCAUCGAAGUCCGCGACUAGUAGUCCAGUGAUAACUGCCGCCAAACCUCCGAAGCCGUGGAAUAAGUCUAAAGAAGUGAAC